AUGGAGGAUGCUGGAUCAACUGCGCAGUCUACGGACAUGCAAACCAUUGCGUGUGAUGAAGCGGCUCUCACUAAUUCCAACGAUGUGUCUGCUGUCGCUGAAGACACCCCCAGUGAGGAGUUAUGGGUCCGCAAAUGGGACGACGCCAGCAACGCGCUCUACUACUUCAACUUGCGCACGCAGGAGAGCUCGUGGGAGCAGCCUCAGGCCUACAAGGCCGUCUUUAUGUCGGAGCCAAUGGAAAUGGACACGGAGAGGGCUGUCGAGGCUGUGGAGCCGGCUCUUGACCAACAAGACGAGCAACUGAGACUGCAACAGGAGCUAGAGCAGGAGCAGCAGGGCAACGCGUCUAUAGCGAUCCAGAGUUUGUAUCGCGGCCGGAAGGACCGCAAGCGCGUGAAGGAGGCAAGAAAGUGGACGGAGCAGUUCGACCCAGCGACAGCGCAGAAGUAUUACUACAACAGCGAGACGGGCGAGUGGCUGUGGGAGAAACCUGUCGACUUUUUAACGGGCGUCAGGGACGAACGAAGCGCGCGAGCGGUGAAGAUCCAGAGUGUUUAUCGAGCCAAGAAGGCGCGGGAUCGAGUCAAACAACUUGCAGAUGAAGAGGAAGAGGAGGAAGAACUGAUGGAGCAACAGGUGCAGGAUGAGGCGCAGGCUGCUGCCGAAGCGGAACUGGCGGCGGCUGUUGCGGACGAGGCGAGCAAUCGAGCACUUUGGUGCGAGUAUUUCGACCCUCGGUCCCGCAAGUAUUACUAUCGUCACGUGGUCUCGAAUGAUAUAACCUGGGAUAAACCGGAGAAGUACGUGUCUUCUUCAACGGAAGGCAGCAAGCGCGACCUUGCAGCGCUGUCGAUUCAGUGCGCAGCGAGGAAGCGCAUUGCAACACACGACGUCAAGGCAAAGAGAGAAAAGCUGCGUACGCUCACUGACCCUGCUGCCAUGCAACUCAAACUUGGAGAGCUCAAGCAGGUAUCGGUGGAGAUCCAGGCAGAGAUCGACACUCGCGCUCUCGCGUCGGCAGAGGAAGAGCAGCAGUUCCCUCACUUGCUCAAUUUACUCACAGGGUGGCGAGAAUCGCUUGAGAGCAUCAAGAACCACAUCGCGUCGCUGGAGAACCAAGGCGAGGACAUCUCACUGGCAGAAUGCCUGGCAUCUCGUGUUGCACUCGCAGAGCGUUUCCACAAAGCUCUGGCUGAGAUGAGAAGCGAGUGUCUAACCGUCCUCAGAAGCAUCCUGUUGAUGAACAGCUACUUCAUGGACCUUGACGUCUCUCGGAUCAAUGCAGCCUGUACGAGUUUUGCCAAGUGGAAACAGCACGAAGUCUGCGCACUCAGAGAUUCGCGUCUGGUGGAGAUCAUCCAGGGCAGCGACAUCAGCCAGAUUCUCGACAAAGCGGAAGCUCUGCUUCGACGCGCGAUGGGACUCACAGACUUCAACAACGGAUCGACUUCUGCAGAUGGCAAACGCUACGAGGACUGGCAUCCGUCCGUAGCUGCUGCACUCGCUGGAGUUCGCGAGAUGGAGGAGCGUCUAACGCAGAAGACGCAACUACUCCGUGGCUAUCGAUCUGCCGAAGCCAGGAAACGGGAGAUCUCUCACAUGGCCGAGGAGGACUUGUUAGCUUCGCGACUAGCUCAACUACGGCGUCGGCGGUUGAAUGAGGAGGUGGACCAUGCGACGUUCCUUGUCAAGUGCCAGGAGUACUGGAAGAAGGGCUUGAACCAGCGAGAAGACGACUUACACGCUGCUGUAGCCCUUGAAAGCUCUAAGAAGAAAAGACGGUCAAAGAACCAAGAAAUACCGCAUCAUGAGCCGACGGGCGACUCAGACAACCAAGACAACAAGUCCAAGCUGUCGAUAUGGGAAGCGACUAAGGAAGGUCUCUCGGUUGACGUCGUUCGGACGAUGGUGUUCGCAGAGAUGCAAAAAGCUCGUCGCCUUGGCUACGAUUUCCUGGUGAAAUCCGCUCGCUCGGACCACGGAGAGACGCUUAUCCAGAUCGCGUGUUGGUGGGGCCACGCGAUUCGCAUUCUUCUCGAGCACGGGCUUCCAUGCAACGUGACAGAUAGCACCGGUGAUACGCCAUUCCACUGGAACAAUUAUAGUGCCAUGCUCACGCUUUUAGGUGUGUACUCUUCCGACCGAGACAAGAGUGCUACCGAUGUCAUCGUCAAGGCUGUGCGGCAAAAGAACUUCCGUGGCAAGACAGCAUCUACUCUUGCCAAAGGGGAUCGAGUACACACUGCUCUUAAGUCAGCAGAGGAAGGCCGACUACCGCCACUACGUCUACCUCGUACUGGCGACAGGAAGUCGACACCUACAGGGUUCCCACGACGCAUGACGGAAAUUGGUCAUCGAGACGGAGCUCGAGGGAUGAAUCCCAAGAAGGGAAAGACGAUGACAAUGCUGGGCAAGACAACAAAACACAGCUCUGUCCUAGACAUCGACGAGCUGGUGUCGCUUACCACCAUGUUGUCGAUAUCGCCACCGGAGAAGAUGGAGCAGCUCAUCACUGUCUUCUCUCAACGACUGCAGCCACAGGCUCUACAGCGACUGAGCGUAGCUGAUAUUCUACGAGAUGCUUCGGCCGCCGCGAUCAUGCACGAGGAGAUCCCAUCGUCGGACGCCUUUCACGUUACGAAGCAGCACAAACCAAGCUUCGGGCACCUGUUAAAGUUUUUGCGCUUGAACGAGCCUACGGGCUACGAAAAAGACGAAGAGCACAAACGCGCAGCCGUGCGCUACCUUGCACUGCGAACGAUGCUCCAGCAGUGCGGCGAGAUUAAGAUAUCGAGUAUCCAGGAAACUUGCCUGGACAAGGUUCUUCGCUGGUUCGAAGCGACCGAAGCGAGCGCCUUUACGUCGUCGACAGCAUCUACACCGAUUCUUCCGCCGCGAAUGUCUCCGAAAAAGGCCAACAUAGCCCCCAACCCAGCGCUAGAUAAAUCUGCCAGCGAGACCAGCUUCCUCCCAGACACAAGUGCCUCGAGCACCACCGUAGCUGCAAAGCUCGAUCGAUACAAAAUGCCGGACUUGCGAGCCUCACACAUUCGUCGAAUAGCCGAGCUGCGUUCGCGCGGUGCGGACGUCUCAGAGACGAGUAUACCGAUCGAGCAAAAUAACAACUCCCCCGAAUCUAUCUGUAAACCCGAAGGAUCAGAAGAAUCGAGACGCCAAGCAGUCCAAGACCGAAUGAUCGAUGCCACAUUCAAGCUGUAUCGCCCCGAGACGGACGCAGAGCGCGAGAUGAAUCUAUUGUGGAUUAAACGGCGGCAAGAAGAUGAACUCACGCGCAGGAAGGACGAGGACGUGCAACAGCGAGUCCAGAAGUGGUCGAUGGACCGCAGUCGCGACGAAUCGGAGAAUCUCAGGAAGCGGGAGUCGACGAAGCUAGUGGCAGGGCUCAACCAGAUCUUGCAGGAGGGUGUCGAUCAGGACAAACCCUUCGCCUGGCGGAGCUCUAGGACUCUUCACCCGGAUCUGGCUGGGGUAGCACCUCCAUCCAAUCAGUCCUCCUCCGCUCCUACAAAGGCUGGUGUUGCGACGAAAGAUGCGAAGGAGAUGGUGCAGCAAGAUAGCGUUGUCACCCGAAAACAGCCCAUACAAACUCUUUCAAGUGGCAAACAACCCGGCCAGAUCGUCAUCAAGAGCCGAAGACCUUCGAUGACAUCUGGCGGCGGCAUGCACUUCCGAAACCAACUACCUCCGAACUACGUCCCUCCUGGAUUACAAGCAGCAUCGUCCGUACCAAAGAAUAAGCGCGACACAGCGUCUGCCCCGCUGAAUUCAAGGCCGGUUCCAAACGGUUCAAGCUCACGCAGCAGCUUAGAGCGACGAGCUUCCAGGGUAUCUGACGACCCAUCCAGCGCAAGCGAAGGGGAAGAGGAGGACUCAGCGAUGGAGGACAAGGUAAUGAGGAGGCAGAACAUCUUCACGAGCGAACCUCGCCAGCAGAUGAAGCUUCAAAGCUACCAUGUGCCGUACUAUUACUCCGACGGCGAUGCCAUGGCAGGUAACUCCAAGCCACAAAAGGCGAAUCCGCGGGGCACAAUACCAGCGCAGUCAUUGCCAGCGGACCCCGAGCUCCGCUGUCUCCAAGAAGCAACUGCGAUGCGUCGAGUCUUCGCCCUCCCUAUCGACAAAGUCCUGCAGAAGCCAGCCCCUCCCCCAGUGACCAUCCGAGAAGCGGAGCGCGAGGUCUCGUCGUCGCGGAAGUCGGGUCGGUCAGAGACCGGCAAGCCGCGGCGUGGGUCCAAAUCUGCUAAAGGGAAGCGAACGCCAACCAGCGUUCGCAGUGGCGCCGCCCUCCCGCGCACAGUUCCAGUGUACACGCUGUCGGAGCCUCCAGUCACCGCCUCCACCAGCGACCUCCGCCACUCGCAGAUGGAGGAGCUGGAGAAGAUCCGUCGGCUCUUCGAAGAGAACCACCUGUCGCUCUCAACGCAAGCCCUUGAGCGCGGUCUGCUGGUACCGGAAGAUCGCCCGCUGCUUGAAAGUAUCAACAACCUGCCCUUCGCCGGCUCGCGUCUGCUCAUCAACCCGCUCACGCGCCGCGCAAAGACCGCGAAGCCCAAGAAGAAAGCCGGCGCCAAGAAAAAGAAGAGCAAGAAAGGCAAGAAGAGCGCCAAAGGCGCCAAAGCCCCCAAGAGCGCUCGUCGCGCGUCGCCCAACAAGAAGUGA